AUGGAGAAGGAUUUGGAGUCCUCCUCACACUCCCAGACAUCCACACUCACCCUUGCCCCUGACUGCGAGGUUUGCAAGAAUGAACACUCCUCUGACCCCUCCCUCUUGGUCGAGGCGAAUGAGCCACCCGAUGGCGGUCUGAGAGCAUGGCUCGUCGUUCUGGGCGUACCUAACAUAUGUUUGACCCCUAUCAAUCGCCAGGGCCUCAUCAAUUCGUGGGGUGCUUUUCAGACUUACUAUGGACAUGUACAUCUUCGAGAUGUUCCAGAAUCCGACAUCGCCUGGAUAGGCUCCAUUCAGUACGCGCUAAUGUUCCUUCCGGGACUCGCUGCGGGUCGCCUAUUCGAUCUCGGCUACUUCAAAAUAGUCCAAUUCUCCGCCAGUUUGGUCCUCGUGGCGGCGGUGCUCCUGAUAGGGGAAUGUCGCACAUACUGGCAGCUCGUCUUGUGCCAGGGAGUUGCCAUCGGACUGUCAUGCGGAUGCAUCUUCGGUCCCACGCUUAGCUGCGUGUCCCAAUGGUUCAGCAAGCGCCGCGCAACGGCCUUGGGUCUGGUUGCCGUGGGUUCGUCCGUCGGAGGCACACUACAACCAUUGGUCUUCAGGACCCUGAUCAUGAGAACGAGCUUCGCGUGGACCGUACGUAUCAUGGCCGGCAUAAUAUUUGGCGCAUUGAUCGUGUCAAAUCUGACGCUAAGGCGUCGCCUUGCGCCUGUGUCUACCAGCGGAGGAUUGGUCGAACUCCAGGCUUUCAGAUCAUUGCCAUUUGCUGUCUAUGCUGUCUCUGGGUUCGUCACUUUCCUGGGUUCCUCUACACUUCUCUCCUAUCUGCCCGCAAGCGCCGCAGACGCCGGGAUGUCGGCUGAUUUCGCGCUCUCUCUUCUUUCCAUCGCGAACGCCUCUGCCAUAAUCGGCCGUGUUGGCUCUGGCCUGCUAGCCGAUCGCGUCGGUGCAAUGAACGUGGCUAUACCGUUUACAGCGUCUGCCGGCAUCCUCACCUACGCCUGGCCACAUGCAAAGCAUCAGCCCUGGUUUGUUGUUAUUGCAGUCCUAUUCGGAAUAUCGAGCGGAGCCUAUGUCUCACUCAGUGUGGUUCCGAUUGUAGGCAUGGGAGAGUUGCAUUCCGUGGGCCGCAGGAUCGGAACUUUCCAAACGGUGACCGCCUUAGGAGCGCUAGGCGGCAUCCCGAUAUCCGGUCAUAUCCGUGACGCCACCCAUGGCUUCGAAUUCGUCGGUGUUUACGCCGGUACCAUGAUCUUGCUCUCAGUAGCACUCAUGUGCGUGACACGCUCACUGGUCCUAGGGAGAUUCCUAGGGAAAAUAUAA